AAAGUGCUGCAAAGCGAGUGCGAUAACCGCAAGAACAUCCCCAAAGUCCUUUUUGUGCAAACUUCUGGUGAUUUACUUGAAGAUUAUGUGUGAUUGCCUUUUGUAAAUCGCGAAAUGAAUUAAUUUCGCCAAAAAUAUCUUUGCGCUGCGCGCACAGUGCAUCCAACCGGGCACGUCAAAUUCCCCAAAGCCAAUGUGAUGUGAGUGAGUUGUUGUGGACGCAAUUUGUGAAUUUCGCGGAAAACUCCGUAUUGUUUUUCUCGGGAAAAUGCUGAGAAAAGCUGAGUUCGAUUUGUGGUUGUGCACUUAGAUGAGUAUCUGGUGCGCAAUAAUUUUCGGAGUUUUUAUGCGUCCCCAUCAGCCAUAACAAUGGAACUUGGUGACCAUGUUUAUGCCGCCGAAAGGAUUAUAAAAAAACGAGUCCGUCGGGGUGUCGUCGAGUACUACGUGAAAUGGAAAGGCUGGAGCCAAAAGCACAACACAUGGGAACCGGAGGAAAACAUCCUCGACUCGCGGCUGAUCGACCUCUUCGAACGUAGCCAAAAGCUCGACCCCCACAAGCGCGGUCCGAAAAAGAAGGACCGACACCCCGAAAAGCAGCAAACGGAAACGGAAGACGAAGGACGUGCAAGCGGCGAAGAAAGUCAAGAUGAUGGCGUUACAAGCGCCGAAACCAGCAAAUCAACUCCACAAACAAAAUCCGAAUCAGCACCAAAUCCAGACGAUGAAGAUACAAGAGCCGAAUCCGAAGUAUCGUCAAAAUCACCAGUGCCAACAGGAGUCGACGAUAACGAAAAUUCAAACAGUUCAAGUAGCGAAGAUCGUAGACCGAUUUUGGCACGAUUGGAAAUCGGGACCAAGAGAAAAGCGGAAGUUUUGUCGAAAGAAAGUGGAAAAAUUGGAGUUACGAUCACCACCAGUAGUCCCACCAGCGCCAGUCCCCCACCAAAUAAGAAUUCGGAUAAGCAGGUGCAGAAGGCAUCAACCAAGCAGCAGCAGCAAGCAACGUCGACAAACCGUGCCAACGGCCGCCAGAAAAACGAAGAGGAAGCCUCAUCAGCAAUACCGUCGGCGUCAAGUCCGGCAGUUCUCACCGCCACAACUCCCCGGACUUCCACCGAUAAGAGUCGAAGUCCGGUCGACGCAACCCUCCCUCACUCCUCGACUAAAGAGCCGGCGUCUCCCAAACCGGUGGCGUCGCGAACCGACGAUAAACGGCCCGCCACCGAGCCCCCGGUGUCGUCGCCACCGCCGCCGCCGCCCCCGAAAAAACCCGAAGUGAGUAAAGAGGAACCGGAAAAAGAGUGCAGUGCGGGCGAUAAGAGCGGGGACGUUAAAGUGGCGGUAAACGGACACAAUAAUAAUAACAUGACUGACGAACUUCCGGUGUUGACGAGUCCGGGCUCGGAGUACUGGCUGGCGAGGAAUCCCGUCGCCGAUCAGGUUUUCAUAACUGACGUUACGGUGAACUUGAAGACUGUCACGAUUCGGGAGUGCAAGACGGAGAAGGGUUUUUUUAAAGACCGGGACGAUAAUAGUCAUUCUAGUGAUAUUGUUUGACUCUAUUUAUUUCGGUAGUUUUAAGUCGUGAAACGUAGUGAUGGGCUUAAGAUACCCGCGAGGGUAUCGUACAGGGUAGCUCCGUUUGCGAGCAAACUUUCCCCAAGGAUCUGAUAGAUUUUUAAUAGACUGUUGGUGCUAAUAUGGAUUUUCCGACUACCAGCCUGAACGAGUAGAUCACCAUUCGAUUUUUAUAGUGUCCUUCCCGAUUCAAUUUUUUAUUUCUGUGAUAACAAAGUCGUACUAACUUUUUAACAUGUCAGCUCCCCCAAACAUUUUUUUCGUUUUAGCAAGCCAGUCUGCUCAUUUAGGCCCGUGGUUUUAAUUUAUGACUAGUUAUUAUGUUAAGCAGCAACAAGAUCGGUUGUAAAAUUUUUCAUUCCACGGUGUGAGAGCCGGUUCGAUUGUAUAUACUGGAUAUAUCUACUAAUAUGCAUAGUUUUUUGUAUUUCUUUUUUUACUGUACCUUCUAGUAUUAGACGAUUGUUGAAACUUAUUUAUUAAUUGUAUUAAUUUAUUUCUUGUAUUAUUAUAUAAUACAGUAAUACCACAACUUACGUUCUGAUUUUAGUUUUGUCAUUACAAUCACACGUUUUAAUGUUAAUACAACUUCAGCUAAGAUAAUUUUACUUAACAAAUUUGUAUAUAUUGUGUAAAAUAUAAUUGAGUUGAAAAUAGUUGUUUCCGUUAAUAUAAGGUAUUUUUGAAAUAAAAAGUAGUCGCAGGCAGGGACUUUUAUUAAAACACCCGGCACGUUUCUAGUAAAGUAUAUUUUUACGUAACAAUUUGAUGAAACAUUGCACUAGGUUACAGUAAAAUACAAAAUAAUAAGACCUGUAGGUAAAUAUUUACAUUGAUAAGCUGUACAAGACUAUAAAAAUGAAGUAAAAUGUCAUUAAAAAAAUACAAAGUAAUAAAAUACAAUUAAACCUUCAUCGCAGGUACUUCAUAAAGCGAGUUAUAUCUUGUGUAUCUCCUCCCUUUCAGUUGUUGAAUGCCGUCGGAAAUCGACGUUCGCUUUGAGAAGAAAUCAACCAAAGGUUGAGCGUUUAGCACCGAUGCUAGGAACUGCUCCACUGUGAUGUACCACUGAAUCUCUGUUUUGGGGGUUAGGGGGUUCCCAUUUUUGUCAGGUGACUGUAACUAUUGCCUAAUUUUAAACAACUCUGGGAAUAAAUAAUCGUCCAAACCUCUUCUGCCUUUCCCGGAUUGUAAGCAGCAGCUGCCGAGACAAGACUAUCAUCAGACUCGUCUCGAUUAAUAAAGAAUUGUUUGCCAACGUCGCCUAAUUCUAACAGUAAAGUACCCACGUUUGCUAUGGCAUGAUACGUUUCCUUGUUGAAGAAAAAAUUAGAAAAAAAUUGGGGCAACAUUCAGCAAAAUACCUGAUCUUCCGGUUCCGUUUGGAAAAUAUCGUAAACAGUUUUCCACAGUGUUAUAAAGUGGGGUUGCGUCAUUUUCGGAACGGCUUUCAGGUUGAUUUUGCUGUCCUUUGAUUGGACUAAAUUGCGCAGGUUAGUUAAACUUUUAAUCUCCCAGUUGACUUCCCCCGUUCCGUUGUUACUCGUCAAAGAGUUGUCCACCGAAGAUUGAGAUUCGAACGAUUUUCUGUAAAAAAUCAAGUCUGCAAAUGCCCAAGACACAAAUGUCAGGUCAAGUUUUCAAAAUUUUAGUAUUUAACGAAAAAAUCCGCGUUUUUCUCAAACCUAGACUGCAUCUCACGACGGUAAAAUAUGCUUCCAAUCCGCCCAAACCUUCGCCAAUUGAAACUUCCCGUUAUAUUGACAAAACGUUUCGUCGACAUUUUUAACACAGUCUUACGGCAAAUGCACAGUCCUAGAGGCCCCCUCCCGUGGGAGUGUGGUACAAGAUGUGCCGAAAAACCAUCCAAAAAGUUCCAGAAGAAAGAAAUUGAAACCGUUCAAGAGAAAACCUGUCCCAAUCAAUGUGCUGUCUUGCAACGGCCGAAGCGAAACACCUACGAGUGGGUCAUUAACGAAGACGAAAAGCCUUGCGGGCCGUUUGGUCUCAGAAAAGUAGUGGAAAAAACGAUUUGUGAAAUCCGGAGGUUCCAAAAAUGCAUGAAACUGUUCAACAACGAAGCCCAAUGCCAAAAUCUGGCACCACCUGCGUGCACCCGCAUUACAAAAACGUACCCAAUGCUCGAGGCGGUUCAUAAAGGUUCACUACCCGGCUGUGCCAUCCCGAUACCAGCAUCAGCAACGAAAAAAACUGAAUAAAACGUCAAACAAAACACGACAAGUGACACAAAAUUUCCAGUCAGGACAAGAAUGAGCAUCCUCUCCAGGCCCCUAAGACACAAUAUUAAUCUAGCUUUUAUCAGACACUACUUCUGGAGAAAAGUCAAAGAGGGAUGCGAAUGUCCGCCACCACCACCCGAUAAAAUCGUCGAAGAGAAAAAAUGUAUUCCUUGCAGUUUCGUCAAUUGGAAGCCUAAACCCAGGACAGUCAUCGAAUGCAAGCUCAAAGACAGCAAGAAACCCAAACAACCGAGAAGAUGCUACGCUGGAAUGAGGCUGAAACCGCCCGCGCCUGACUGCAAAGGCGAAGAGAUCGAUCCUUUUAAAAAGAAAUGUUGCCAAGGACAUAAGGAACAACCCCCGGAAGAAGCCCCAGCCGCUAAAGUGCCCGAAAAACCGAUCCCGUUCGCCGACUGGGACAUUAACUGUAAAGAAUAAGCAAAAAAAUGUAAAAUACAAAACGAAAUAAAGCAACUGAAAUUAUCUCAAUAAAUAAUAAAAUCGCUGAUCCGUUACAGAAAGAUUCUUUGGAGCUCGGGAUGCGAAACAAUAAUAAAAAAUACACAACAAAUGCAUUUUUGCCACUUACUGCCAGGUGUAGGAGGUCGUAGGCGUGGACGCUUCCUCCGAAUGCAAGCUCAGCGAAUCCAAAUUGACGCUCUGCUCCACACUAUCGAAAAAAUCGGUGGCCUCGGACGCAAUCUCAGCCCCGUGCUCAUUCUUCGUCGGCGACUCGAUAUCCGACAUGCACAAAAGCGGCGGCAAAUGAAUCGUGUAAAGCAAUUUCAGUCUUUGAGCCGGAUCUGCACUUGCUGUUAACCCAAUUCCAGCAACAAGUUCCCGGAAAUUAAUAUAACCAUCACGAUUUGCGUCCAACAACU